UGGAUACGUGGCCCCCAGAUGUGUACCGGCUACUUGAAUUUGCCAGAGCAGACACGUGAGUUCUUCACCGAGGACGGCUGGGCAAAGACAGGUGACAUCGGGUACGAGGAUGAGGACGGGUACCUGUUUGUGGUGGACAGACUCAAGGAACUCAUUAAGGACAAGGCAUUCCAGGUCGCCCCAGCAACCCUCGAGGACAUCCUGCUACGUCAUGACGCCAUCGCUGAUGUCGGAGUCGUCGGCAUGCCGGAUGUGGAGGCCGGGGAACUCCCUCGCGCGUACGUCGUAAGGAAACAUCAGAGGGAAGUCAGCGCUGAGGAAAUCACGAAGUUUGUAAAUGGCCAAGUGGCACCCCACAUGAAGCUUCGGGGCGGGGUGGAGUUUGUUACGGAAAUUCCGCGCACCGCUUCAGGCAAGAUCCUCCGAAGGUCGCUUCGGGAACGCGCAAGGGAGCUUGCAGCAAAACAAGCGUCUGAGUUGAAGUGAUGUUCGGUUCUUCCUGUUUCAUAAUGCAAUGCCAUACGCCAGAGAUUAUUGUUAGAAAAUAAUAGUAUUUUUGUUUAAAAUAAAACAUAUUUAUCAUAACAUUUACCAACACAUCAUUUUAAAGACGUAGUGUAUGCUUAUAUAAUUACCGAUAUGUUAUUAUUAUUCUAGUAUUAUAGGUAUAUCAUAAUCAAUAAUAACAGGCAGACAUAUUACACAUUUGACAAAUGUAAUGAGGCUUAUCAGUUUUACGCUGCCGUUUAACUCGUUGCUUUGUAGGUAGUGGUAUAACCCCGACUGCAGCCAAAAGGACAUUGGUUUGAUGUCUAAUGCUUUUAUAUCUAAUGCUUUUAUAUGCAACAUGACUGUGCAGAUUGUAUUAUAGUUUUACUGAUUCUUGGUCUUCGAUCAAAUAGUUUAUCACAAAAGAAAACUUACCAUUGUUUUGGGAACGACACCACGUGUAACAUGGUGGUAACUAGUGAUUUACGUACGCAUAGCAACGGUAUGGUAAACUAUAGUGUUGACAGAAAUAUAUAAGCUAUAUUAUCAAUAUUAAGCAGCAGAAUACAAACUACCACUACCACAAAGAGUUUCGUCUUCAUUCAGGUGAAACCAAGUAAAGUAUAAUCUACACAAAUAUAUAAGACUACAGCUAAGCAGGCCCCGCCUCACUUGGAAUUCCUCAUUGUCAACGAUAACGUUAGAUGAAAAAUACAAUGCCUGUAGAAUGUUAUAGUCUCAUUAUAAUAUUUACGAUUGUCCAGCUUUUUUGGCAGAGCAUGGAUGACACUAUUUUGUUUCCCACAUGAUUAAUUGUUAGAUUUAUAAUAUCGAACAGUUACUAUGUAGCCUAAACAACAAAUGUGAAAGUAAAAGUAUGUCAAAUCUCUUGGUUGUUGAAACAAAUUCAGAUUGCAUUUUUCUAUGAAAUGCGUGAAAUUUGGUAAAUGAAAUAUUAAAGGAACAA